AUCCAAUAGGUUUGGUGAGAAGCUUAGUCGGCUGUGUUUUACACCCCCCAUGUAACUCCAUGUUUGGUCUGUCCUCAGACUGCCGCACGUGUGUGGAAGUGGAGCAGCUCUGCGUCGCAUGUUGUUCAACUAUACGCAAUGAAUUUACACCAGUAAACUACAGAAGUCACUAUAAUUGUCCAAAAUGUUGUUUGGAAAAGAUGUGCCAUGGCGGCGACUGGAGGGCAUGUCGUUCGGCAUGUACUCCGCCGAAGAGAUACGAAAGCUGAGUGUGAAAACGAUCACCAACUUCAGGUUCCUCGAUGGAGUUGGGAAUGUGGCCCCAAACAGUCUGUACGAUCUGGCUCUAGGACCAGCAGACAACAAAGAGGUGUGUUCAACCUGCUGUCAGGGUUUCAACGAAUGUCCAGGUCAUCUGGGGCAUGUGGAGCUACCUUUACCUGUGUACAACCCACUGUUCUUUGAUAAACUCUACCUGUUGAUUCGGGGUUCCUGUCUGUCGUGUCACACAUUAACAUGCCCCAGAGCUGCCAUCCACCUGCUGCUGAACCAGCUGAAGUUGUUGGAUCAUGGAGCCAUGCAGGAGGUCUAUCAGAUAGAACAAGUUCUCAACCAGUACCUGGAGGUGACUCCCAAAGCCUCUGGAGAUGAGAUUGAGCAGGUUCUAAGGGAGUUUACAGACUCAGUACUUGGAGUGAAUGCUGAAAGGUCAAACGUCACAAAUCCAAUUAAACACCUUGUUGAAAAGAAGGGCAGUCUGAUAAAUGACUUUUGGAGGAUCCAAAUGACAUCUAGGAAAUGUCCAUUAUGCAGGAGCGGCAGAAUUACAGUGCGUCGUGAGCACAACAGUAAGCUGAUAGUCACAAUGCCAUCAGGCGCACAGACCACUGAGGACACAGAGGAUCUUCUGGCUGGAAAGAGAGUGUAUCUGACUGCUAGUACUGCUCGAGAACACAUCAAUAAACUGUGGGAAACAGAAGGUUUCUUCUUGAAGUGUCUGUUCUCAGGGGUGGAAGAGGCCACUCCAUCAGAGGCGUCAAAGGAAGUAGAGAAGGGUUUCUGCCCUGACCUCUUCUUCCUGGAGUUGCUUGUGGUCCCACCAUGCAGAUAUCGUCCAAUCAAUCGAAUUGGUGACCAGAUGUUUACCAACGGUCAGACCGUCAACAUGCAGGCGGUCAUGAAGGACUGUGGGGUCAUCAGGAAACUUCUGGCUCUUAUAGCUGGGGAGAAAUAUCCUCAAGAAGAAGUGGCUCCUGAACCGAAUGAUCAGUCAUUUCUGUUGGCGAUCCCCGGGCAGACGCUGACAGAUAAACUCUACAACAUCUGGAUCCGACUACAGACCCACGUCAACAUCGUUUUCGACAGUGACAUGGACAAAAUGAUGACUGAGAAAUACCCUGGAAUCAGACAGAUCUUGGAAAAGAAGGACGGAUUGUUUAGGAAACACAUGAUGGGCAAACGAGUGGACUACGCUGCACGAUCUGUCAUCUGUCCGGACAUGUACAUAGGAACCAACGAGAUCGGAAUACCCAUGGUAUUUGCCACCAAGCUAACGUACCCUCAGCCCGUCACUCCAUGGAACGUGAAGGAGCUUCGUCAGGCUGUCCUCAAUGGGCCCAAUGUCCACCCCGGUGCUUCCAUGGUGAUCAAUGAGGACGGCAAGAAAACCAUCUUAUCAGCCUCUAAUCUUGCUCAGAGAGAAGCAGUUGCCAAGCAACUGUUGACGCCCUGUCCUGGUCCACACAAGAUACCAGUGAAGAUAGUGAAUCGUCAUAUAAAGAAUGGAGAUGUUUUGUUACUAAACAGACAACCAACUCUGCACAGGCCUUCCAUACAAGCCCACAAUGCCCGCAUCCUGCCAGGAGAGAAGGUUUUAAGGCUUCACUAUGCCAACUGCAAGGCUUACAAUGCUGACUUUGAUGGAGACGAGAUGAACGCUCACUUCCCUCAGAAUGAGCUGGGCAGAGCAGAAGCUUACACUCUAGUCAGCACUGAUCAGCAGUACCUCGUCCCCAAGGAUGGUAAACCUUUAGCAGGUCUGAUCCAGGACCAUAUGGUGUCAGGAACAAGAAUGACAAUACGAGGCUGUUUCUUCACUCGGGACCAAUACACUGAGUUGGUAUACCGAGGACUGACUGACAAGCCAGGCAGAGUGAAACUGCUGCCACCGGCCAUACUCAGACCUCAGCAGCUGUGGACGGGCAAGCAGGUGGUGUCUACUCUCCUGCUGAAUGUCAUCCCAGAGAAAGCUGUUCCUCUCAACCUGGUCGGUAAAUCAAAAAUCCCCAGCAAGGCGUGGAUCCAAGUCCCACCACGCUCCGCUCCAGGAUACAAACCUGACACCAUGUGUGACUCACAGGUGGUGAUUCGUCAGGGGGAGCUGCUGGUUGGGGUUCUGGACAAAGCUCACUAUGGCUCCUCAGCCUAUGGUCUGGUCCACUGCUGCUAUGAGCUGUACGGAGGAGGUACCAGCGGCAAGCUGCUCAGCUGCCUGGCUCGACUCUUCACUGCAUACCUGCAGCUGUACAGAGGUUUUACUUUGGGUGUGGAGGACAUUCUGGUGAAACCAGGAGCUAAUAAGCGGAGGAGAAAGAUCAUUAAAGGGUCACUUAAUAUUGGCGCCAAAGCCCUCCAGGCAGCUUUCAACCUGCCCUCCAAUGUGGAUCAAACUGAGGCUCAGAGUCGCUGGCAGGACGCUCACCUCGACCCAGAUCAGAGAGAUUUCAUCAUGGCUGACCACAAAUUCAAAGAAGUGGCCAACCAAGUGAACAACGACAUCAACAAGGUGUGUAUGCCAAUUGGACUCCACACGUCUUUCCCAGACAACAACCUUCAGCUGAUGGUCCAAUCAGGAGCCAAAGGAUCUACUGUUAACACCAUGCAGAUAUCGUGUCUGCUUGGUCAGAUUGAGUUGGAAGGCCGCAGGCCUCCAUUGAUGCCAUCUGGCAAAUUCUUGCCAUGUUUCCAACCAUAUGACCCUGCUCCGGGUGCUGGAGGCUUUGUCUCUGGAAGAUUCCUCACUGGCAUCAAACCACAGGAGUUUUUCUUCCACUGCAUGGCUGGCAGAGAAGGACUGGUCGACACGGCCGUGAAAACCUCCAGAUCCGGAUACCUGCAGAGAUGUAUUAUAAAGCAUCUGGAGGGUUUGGUAGUGCAAUACGAUUUGACGGUGAGGGACAGUGAUGGGUCUGUGGUCCAGUUCCUGUACGGUGAAGAUGGGCUAGAAAUCCCCAAGACUCCGUUCCUGCAGCAGCAACAGUUCCCCUUCAUAGAAGACAACUACGAGGUCAUCCAGAGGUCCCAGGACCUGGACAAUGUUUUGCCACGUUUGGAUCCACUGGCUGCGAGUCAACACUUUGCAGCCAUCCAACGCUGGAAAGCAAAGAGAGAGGUGGCCUGUCCACGCAGAGGAGCGUUCCUGUUGUAUUCUCAGAAGAAGUUGUCCAAACUAAAAGAGGCCGAACAAGUGGCAGGGCCAGAUGUCUGCGGCAGAGCUGCUGCUGUCCUGCAGCUGGCUCAGCAGUGGAACUCCCUGGAUGAUUAUAGCAGAUCAAAAUACAGCAGAAAGACCUUGCGCUGUCCCGAGCCCUCGCUGGGCUUGCUCAGACCAGACGUCUGCUUUGGGUCAGUGUCUGAGAACUUCCACAAAAUCACAGAGAAAUAUCUGCAGAGCAGAAGCACGACGAGUCAAGAUAAAGUCGACAUCCACAGCCUGCGCCGGCUGUUGCACUACAAAUGGCAGCGUUCACUGUGUGACCCGGGGGAAGCGGUGGGUCUGCUGGCUGCUCAGUCCAUAGGUGAGCCCUCCACCCAGAUGACCCUCAACACCUUCCACUUUGCUGGCAGAGGAGAGAUGAACGUGACUUUGGGAAUACCUCGGCUGAGAGAAAUCCUGAUGGUGGCCAGCUCCAACAUCAAGACUCCCAUGAUGAGCGUUCCAGUCCUGAACAACAAGAAAGCCUUAAAGAGAGCAAAGACUCUGCGUAAGAAGCUCACCAGGGUGUGUCUGGCUGAGGUCCUGCAGAAAGUGGAUGUGCUGGAGUCACUGCGGGUAGAAGGACACCAAAGGCAGCGGUCAUUCAAGGUCACGUUCCACUUCCUGCCUCCUGAUCGCUACUGUGACGAUAAAUUGCUUUCGCCCCAUCAGAUCCUGCACUACAUGGAAAUAAGAUUUUUCCGUCUCCUUCUUGAGGCAAUCAAGAAGCGCAGUGCAAAGCUUGCCUCCAUCGCCGUGGAGACAAGAAAGGCGACGCCUAGAGACAACGAUAAUGAUGGAAUGGCAAACACAGCAGGGUUAGAUGACGGGGAAGAAGAAGAGGAGAGGGAGAUUGUUGAUGACCAGGGGGACGAAGGAGAUGCUGACGCUUCAGACGCCAAGAGAAAAGGCAAACAGGAAGAGGAGGUGGACUAUGAGAGUGAGGAGGAGGACGAUGGAGAAGAAGAGGACGCGGAAGAUAAAACCAAACCGAUGGAGGAUGAAUGUGAGGAGGAAACGCGGGACAGGUCGGUGCUGCCAGAGUCUGAGGAAAAGAAGAAGAAGAAGAAGAAAGAGACAAAGAAAGGUGGAGGAGAAGAGUCCAUGAUUCAGAUGAGAGUCAACACUGUUCUGCAGACGCACCCAGCGAUAGAAAGAUACUGCUACGAUCACGAGCAUGAACUCUGGUGUGAGGUGGACCUGGUCUUACCGGUCAGCAAGGUGCACUUUGACCUGACCUCAGUCCUUACAACAGUGGCCCAGAACGCUGUCAUCAUGGAGACAAAGGGCCUGACUCGCUGUCUGCUGAGUGAGGUUACGACAAAGACGGGAGAAAAAGAGACUGUUCUCAACACAGAGGGCAUCAACAUGCACGAGAUGUUCAAGUACAGUGACAUUUUGGACAUUAACAGACUGUACUCUAAUGAGGUCCAUGCCAUGGCUAACACCUAUGGCAUUGAGGUUGGUCUGAAGGUCAUAGAGAAGGAGAUCAAAGAUGUCUUUGCUGUCUAUGGUAUCGAGGUGGACCCCAGACAUCUGUCUCUGGUGGCGGACUACAUGUGUUUUGAAGGUGUAUAUAAACCGUUAAACCGACACGCCAUCAGGUCCAACUCCUCUCCUCUCCAGCAGAUGACCUUUGAGACCAGUUACAAGUUCCUCAAACAGGCCACCAUGCUGGGGUCUCAUGAUCAGCUGGUGUCACCGUCGGCUUGCCUGGUGGUAGGGAAGGUCGUCCGAGGAGGAACUGGACUGUUUGAACUGAAACAACCGCUGCAGUAGGAGAACAGAGCACUGUUUACUUCAACUCUCUGACAAAGAAACUUUUUUUUAAUCAAAGUUCCUAUUGACCAUUGUGAAUAACAGAUUUCUCAUCAUGCCCUUUGUUCUGUAAUGUUUGUGGGGUGAUGGAAAGUUCCAAAUGAGUUGCUUUGAAGAUUAAUGGAAGCCACCCACAGUCAAACCAGUUGACUUAUUUUCUAGAAAUAAAUGAAAUUGCUGUAUGGAUCUGUAAAAAGAUGCUUCGAGGGACUUUUCAGCACAAAAACUCAACCCAGCGUACAGUGGUGUCAUUCCUUCAAAUUAUAAAAUGUUUUUUUCUUCUACUGUAUUUAAUAAUAAAGUGUAUAUAUACAAUUAUA